AUGUCUGAUUCUCUCCACCGAACUGCCCGGAUUAUUUCCGUUAUUGCGGGGACGCUGGUCGCCCUAUCAUGCGGAACCAAUUAUGCAUACUCCGCGUGGGCGCCGCAGUUCGCACAGCGAAUGAAGCUCUCUUCGACCGAGAGCAACUUUAUUGGUGUCGCGGGGAACCUGGGGAUGUAUGCUAUGGGUAUUCCAAUGGGAUUACUGACAGAUUCCCGCGGUCCACGACUUGUCGCGCUUAUCGGCUCUAUUUGCCUGGGCCUGGGCUACUUCCCAAUCUAUAUGGCAUAUGAUAAUGGCCAAGGAUCGAUGCCGGUUGUCUUCCUAUGCGUCUUCACUUUCCUUACUGGAAUGGGUGGUUGCGCUGCCUUUGGAGGUUCCAUCAAAACAGCUGCAGCCAACUUCCCCGAACACCGCGGCACGGCAACCGCUUUCCCAAUGGCCGCCUUUGGACUGAGCGCGCUAUUCUGGUCCAAUUUGUCGACCCUCGUUUUCAAGGACGAUACUGGCCGCUUUCUUUUGCUUCUAGCCCUCGGAACCUCGAUUCUGUCUUUUACCUCAAUUCCAUUCCUUCGAAUCCUCGCCAGCGAGCCGUACUCGUCCAUCCCACACACCGCACACGAACACAACCCCAGCGACCUUCGAUCUGUGCCAGAAGAAUCCGAUCUACAUGGCUCUACCGCGUUUUCUCGCGAACAAUACCCCGCGCAUGCGCGGUCGCACUCGGCUGCAUCGAACUCUCAAGGCAGAGCAUUCGCCAAUGACGACGAGACUUCCACCUUGGUACCCAAGCACGACCGCCCACGCCCCUCUUUCGAUACACUUGACGAUGACUUCCUGGACGAAGUGGCCAUUGAGGCGCACCAAAACGACAUCAGAGGUGUCGCCAUGCUCCGAAAAGUCGAGUUCUGGCAACUCUUCUUGACCAUGGCACUCUUGUCCGGUAUCGGCUUGAUGACCAUCAACAACAUUGGUAACAGUGUGAAGGCCCUAUGGCUAUACUACGACGACAGCGCAACAGACCUGUUCAUCCAACACCGCCAGGUCAUGCACGUCUCCAUUCUUUCUUUCGGCAAUUUCCUUGGCCGUCUAUUCAGCGGUAUCGGCUCUGACUUGCUAGUCAAGAAGCUCGGCAUGUCCCGCAUCUGGUGUUUAUUCUUGUCGGCGGUAGUCUUUACCCUGACCCAGCUUGCCGGAACCACCAUUUCCAACCCGAACAGCCUCGUCGUUGUCUCCGGUUUUACUGGAAUUGCUUAUGGCUUCCUGUUCGGCGUCUUCCCUUCUCUAACGGCACACACAUUCGGUAUCGGUGGCCUGUCCCAGAAUUGGGGUGUCAUGACGCUAGCCCCUGUAUUCAGUGGUAACGUUUUCAAUUUGCUAUACGGUAGCAUCUACGAUGGACACUCUGUUGUCGGCCACGAUGGCGACCGCGAGUGCCCCGAUGGACUAGGCUGCUACCGCACAGCCUAUUUCAUGACUUUCGUUUCCGGGUUGUUUGGUAUCGCUGUUUGCCUGUGGACCAUUAUCCGCGAGAAGAACAUCAAUAACGUCAUGAGCAAGAAACUGGACCACCGACUCGCGUGA